CUAGGUGGGCAGUAGGGUCAGUAGGACAGCAGUAGCAGCCUAGCGGACCGACCGAGCGACCAGCCCUGUAUGAGUGGAGUGUAGCGGAACAGAAACACCCUUCGGCCUCAGAGAGUCUACGUGUCCCUGGACAUGUUCAGCUUUGUGGAUAUUCGGUUAGCGCUGCUGCUGCUCGGCGGCGCGCUGCUCGUGAGCGCACAGGGAGAGGACGACCGCUCAGGCAGCAGCUGUACCCUGGACGGACAGGUCUUUGCCGACCGCGACGUGUGGAAGCCCGAGCCAUGCCAGAUCUGCGUGUGCGACGGCGGCCACGUCAUGUGUGACGAGGUCAUCUGCGAGGACACCUCCAAGUGCGCCAACCCCGUCAUCCCCCACGAUGAGUGCUGCCCCAUCUGCCCCGAAGAAGAUUUCCAGGAGCCCCAAGUAGAGGGACCCCAGGGAGAGCGAGGCCCAAAGGGAGACAGAGGUCUGCCCGGAGCUCCCGGUAACGACGGUAUCCCCGGCCGCCCCGGCGCCCAGGGCCCCGCCGGCCCCCCCGGCCCCCCCGGCCUCGGAGGAAACUUCGCCCCUCAGAUGUCCGGUGGAUAUGAAGAUCACUCCAAAUCCAUGGGUGCACCCAUCCCUGGACCCAUGGGCCCCAUGGGACCUCGUGGCUCCCCCGGACCUGCUGGUGCUAGCGGCCCUCAGGGCUUCACUGGACCCCCCGGUGAGUCUGGCGAGGCCGGAGCUUCUGGACCCAUGGGCCCCCGCGGAGCUGCUGGGCCCUCUGGCAAGAACGGAGAAGAUGGUGAGUCCGGCAAGCCCGGUCGCAACGGUGAGCGUGGAUCCUCCGGCCCUCAGGGCGCUCGCGGUUUCCCAGGAACCCCAGGACUUCCAGGGAUCAAAGGACACAGAGGCUUCAGCGGAUUGGACGGAGCUAAGGGAGACUCUGGCCCUGCUGGCCCUAAGGGAGAGGCUGGAUCUUCAGGAGAGAACGGAACACCAGGAGCCAUGGGACCCCGUGGUCUGCCUGGUGAGAGAGGUCGUGCUGGACCUUCUGGAGCUGCUGGUGCCCGUGGUAAUGAUGGUGCUGCUGGUUCUGCUGGACCUCCCGGCCCCACCGGACCCGCCGGCCCCCCUGGAUUCCCCGGUGGCCCUGGAGCUAAGGGAGAGGGCGGAGCCCAAGGAACCCGCGGCCCCGAGGGACCCGCUGGAUCCCGUGGAGAGCCUGGAAACCCCGGACCUGCUGGCCCUGCUGGGCCCUCCGGUAACUCUGGUGCUGAUGGUAAUGCUGGAGCCAAGGGAUCCCCUGGAGCUGCUGGUAGUGCUGGUGCUCCUGGCUUCCCCGGACCCCGAGGACCCCCUGGUUCUCAAGGUGCUGGCGGUGCCCCUGGACCCAAAGGAAACACUGGUGAGCAUGGAGGUGCCGGAGCCAAGGGAGAAUCUGGUGUCAAGGGAGAGGGAGGCGCAGCCGGAGUGCAGGGUCCCCCCGGCUCCGCCGGCGAGGAGGGAAAGAGAGGAAACCGCGGAGAGCCUGGUGCUGCCGGAGCCCGCGGUGGACCCGGAGAGCGCGGUGGCCCCGGUGCCCGUGGAUUCCCCGGUAGUGAUGGAGCCGCUGGACCCAAGGGAGCCAACGGAGAGCGUGGAGGCCCCGGAGCUGUUGGACCCAAGGGAUCUACCGGAGAGUCCGGUCGCAACGGAGAGCCCGGCUUGUCUGGUGCUAAGGGUAUGACUGGUAGCCCGGGCAGCCCCGGACCUGAUGGCAAACUGGGACUCAACGGUGCCCCCGGACAAGAUGGUCGCCCCGGACCCCCUGGCCCCGUUGGAGCCAGAGGUCAGCCUGGAAUCAUGGGAUUCCCCGGACCCAAGGGAGCUGCUGGUGAGGGAGGCAAGCCAGGCGAGAGAGGAGUGAUGGGACCCAACGGUGUCACUGGGGCCCCUGGCAAAGAUGGUGAUGUUGGAGCUCCUGGUGCUUCUGGACCCGCUGGUCCUUCUGGAGAGAGAGGCGAGCAGGGACCUGGUGGACCCGGAGGGUUCCAGGGACUUCCCGGACCCCAAGGCUCCAUCGGAGAGACCGGAAAGCCCGGAGAGCAGGGUCUGUCUGGCGAGGCUGGUGCCUCCGGACCCGCUGGAUCUAGAGGCGACCGUGGAUUCCCUGGCGAGCGUGGAGCCCCCGGUGCCCUUGGACCCGCUGGAGGUCGUGGAGGUCCUGGAUCCGCUGGAAACGAUGGAGCUAAGGGAGACGCCGGCGCCCCAGGUAACGGUGGAGCCCAGGGACCCCCAGGCCUGCAGGGCAUGCCCGGAGAGCGCGGCGCAGCCGGACUUCCAGGACUGAAGGGAGACAGAGGCGACCAUGGAGCCAAGGGAACCGACGGAGCCCCCGGUAAGGACGGUAUCCGUGGAAUGACCGGACCCAUCGGACCCCCCGGCUCUGGCGGAGCCCCCGGAGACAAGGGAGAGUCUGGACCUUCCGGCCCUGCUGGACCUGCUGGAGCUCGUGGUGGCCCCGGAGAGCGUGGAGAGUCCGGACCCCCAGGACCCGCUGGUUUCGCCGGACCCCCUGGCGUUGACGGCCAGCCUGGAGCCAAGGGAGAGGCUGGAGACAACGGAGCCAAGGGAGAGGCCGGAAUCCCCGGAGCUGCUGGACCUACUGGAGCCCCCGGACCUCAGGGACCCGUUGGAAACACCGGAUCUAAGGGAGCCCGUGGACCCGCUGGACCCCCUGGUGCUACCGGAUUCCCUGGUGCUGCCGGUAGAGUCGGACCCCCCGGCGCCGCUGGUAACUCCGGAGCCCCCGGCCCCUCCGGGGCCUCCGGUAAGGAGGGACAGAAGGGAAACCGUGGAGAGACCGGACCCGCAGGAAGAACCGGUGAGCUCGGACCUGCCGGACCCCCCGGGUCCCAGGGAGAGAAGGGAAACCCCGGAUCCGAGGGCGCCAACGGCCCCUCCGGUAUCCCUGGCCCUAGCGGUCUCGCUGGAUCUCGCGGUAUUGUUGGACUGCCCGGACAGAGAGGAGAGAGAGGAUUCCCCGGACUCAAUGGACCCUCCGGAGAGGUUGGAAAGGCGGGAUCUUCUGGCCCUGGCGGUGAGCGUGGACCCCCUGGACCCAUGGGCCCCUCUGGCCUGGCCGGAGCCUCCGGCGAGGCUGGACGCGAGGGAUCUCCCGGUGGCGAGGGAGCUGCAGGACGGGAUGGAGCUGCUGGACAAAAGGGAGACCGUGGAGAGACCGGAUCCGCUGGUGGCUUAGGCGCCCCUGGACCCUCCGGCGCCCCCGGCCCCGUGGGACCCGCUGGAAAGACCGGAGACCGCGGAGAGACCGGAGCCGCUGGCGCUGCUGGACCUGCCGGACCCUCUGGGCCCCGUGGGCCUGCUGGUAUUGCUGGAGCUCGCGGAGACAAGGGAGAGAGCGGAGAGGCUGGCGAGAGGGGGAUGAAGGGACACCGCGGAUUCACUGGCAUGCAGGGACCCCCUGGCCAAGCUGGUUCAAGUGGAGAUCAAGGACCUGCUGGAUCUGCUGGACCUGCUGGCCCAAGAGGACCUUCCGGAUCUUCCGGUUCCGCCGGUAAGGACGGUAUGAGCGGUCUCCCUGGACCCAGCGGCCCCUCUGGACCCCGUGGUCGCUCUGGAGAGAUGGGACCUGCCGGUCCCCCCGGCCCCCCUGGACCCCCAGGACCCCCUGGUGCCCCCGGCGGCGGCUUCGACAUGGGCUUCAUCUCCCAGCCCCAGGAGAAGGCCCCCGAUCCCUACAGGAUGUUCCGCGCCGACGACGCCAACGUGAUGCGCGACCGCGACCUGGAGGUGGACAGCACCCUGAAGAGCCUGAGCCAGCAGAUCGAGCAGAUCCGCUCCCCCGACGGCACCCGCAAGAACCCCGCCAGAACCUGCCGGGACCUGAAGAUGUGCCACCCCGACUGGAAGAGCGCUGAGUACUGGAUCGACCCCGACCAGGGCUGCACCCAGGACGCCAUCAAGGUGUACUGCAACAUGGAGACCGGAGAGACCUGCGUGCCCCCCACCCAGGCCCAGGUGGCCCAGAAGAACUGGUACACCAGCAAGAACAUCAAGGACAAGAAGCACGUGUGGUUCGGCGAGGCGAUGACCGACGGCUUCCAGUUCGAGUACGGAACCGAGGGCUCCCAGCCCGAGGAUGUCAACAUCCAGAUGACCUUCCUGCGCCUUAUGUCCAACGAGGCGUCCCAGAACCUCACCUACCACUGCAAGAACAGCGUGGCCUACAUGGACGCGUCCACAGGCAACCUGAAGAAGGCUCUGCUGCUGCAGGGAUCCAACGAGAUCGAGAUCAGAGCCGAGGGCAACAGCCGCUUCACCUACAGCGUGUUGGAGGAUGGCUGCACGUCGCACAGCGGCGCAUGGGGCAAGACGGUCAUCGACUACAAGACCACCAAAACAUCUCGCCUGCCCAUCAUUGACAUCGCUCCUAUGGACGUCGGUGCCCCAGAUCAGGAGUUUGGAGUGGAACUUGGACCUGUGUGCUUCUUGUAAAAAGAGAAAUCUGGACUUGAAUUUGUUGUUGUGUGUAUGUGUUUUUCCAGCAGUCAUCUCUCUAAACCACCCCAAUGUUUCGGAUGUUCUCUCUAAAUGAUUUGCCCACAGCCGGCCGGCAGCACGAUGCCGGCGGCUCGGACCCGUUUGAUUUGAACCUUGGCUGCGCACAGGACCCUCCGAGAAGACCUUUUGUUUCACUGGCAGCAAGAAAAUAAUAUAUGCUCGUGUAAAGAAUCCUGCUCACCAGCGCCCCCCGCUGCACCGCCAGGAGGGGGCGCCCCCCCCGGGACACACAGGACGUUGUGGGGAAGGGACUCACCACCUGUUGCUUUGUACCAUGUUUCCAGUGUUGAAUAAACGGUCAAAACUGAGAGCAAUGUGCGUCUCCUUCCUCCCCCCCCUCUGUGAAAUCACGGUGGCGUCACCGUGACGUCACCGUGAUGUCACCGUGAUGUUAAAAAAAGUCAGCGGCAGAGCAGCAGCAGCACUUCCUGUUUUGGUUUGGUUGCUAUGGAUACCUCAAGAAGGGCAUGUGACACAUUCUCCUGGUGCUAGGACCUUAAGCCUUUGACCUCUGCUGUCCAGCUAGAAACAACAGCCUCCUCUGAGCCUAGGGUCAGGGUUCAAAGGUCACGACCCCUGGGCCCUGACCCUCUUGGCUUUGCCUCCCCCCCCCCCCCCCCCCCCUAUCCAUCACUUGUUCUUUUGUAUUUCAGAGAGAAACAGACACACCUGCAGGCUCACUUCAGCAUCUGUACCUAUUUUGUACAUGUAUAAUAAUUUGAGAUGUUUUUAAUUAUUUGGAUGCUGAAUAAAGCAUGUUAAGUGGUCUAA